GACGGACGGAGGCCGAGAGGCACUGCGGGACCGCAGUGGGGCCAGGCUGGAGACAGCAGCGCUGCGCGGGCAGCUAGUCCUCAUCUUGCCGGGUUGGUCGCGGCCCGACAGGCAUCCCCUGAGCGCCUGCUGCGCUCUCGUCACACGAUGGCACCCACUGUAGAAGGAGGUGACGCAGCUCUGCUCCCAGAAUUCCCCAGGGGACCCCUGGACGCCUACCGGGCAAGAGCAUCCUUCAGCUGGAAGGAGCUGGCGCUGUUCACGGAAGGGGAGGACAUGCUCCGCUUUAAGAAAACCAUCUUCUCAGCUCUCGAGAACGACCCUCUUUUCGCCCGUUCCCCUGGAGCCGAUCUGUCCUUGGACAAGUAUCGUGAGCUGAACUUCCUUCGAUGCAAGCGGAUCUUCGAGUAUGACUUCCUCAGUGUCGAGGACAUGUUCAGGAGCCCUCUGAAGGUCCCCGCCUUGAUUCAGUGCCUGGGGAUGUAUGACUCUUCUCUGGCUGCCAAGUACCUCCUCCAUACCUUGGUUUUUGGAUCAGCAGUUUACAGUUCUGGUUCUGAAAGACAUCUCACCUAUAUUCAGAAGAUCUUCAGUAUGGAGAUUUUUGGAUGUUUUGCUCUGACUGAGUUAAGCCACGGCAGUAAUACCAAGGCCAUUCGUACAACUGCCCACUACGAUCCUGCCACUAAGGAAUUCAUCAUACAUUCCCCUGAUUUCGAAGCUGCCAAAUUUUGGGUUGGCAACAUGGGCAAGACAGCCACUCACGCAGUGGUGUUUGCUAAGCUGCACAUGCCGGGGGACCAGUGCCAUGGGCUGCAUCCCUUUAUCGUGCAGAUCCGGGACCCGAAGACCCUUCUCCCCAUGCCCGGAGUGAUGGUCGGCGACAUGGGGAAGAAACUCGGGCAGAACGGUCUGGAUAACGGUUUCGCCAUGUUCCACAAGGUCAGAGUUCCUCGCCAGAGCCUCCUGAACCGGAUGGGAGACGUCACCCCCGAGGGCACCUACGUCAGCCCCUUUAAGGACGUCAGGCAGCGCUUCGGAGUGUCCCUGGGGGGCCUGUCCUCGGGCCGGGUCUCCAUCCUGAGCCUGGCCGUCGUUAACCUAAAGCUGGCCAUAGCCAUCGCUCUUCGCUUCUCAGCCACUCGGCGUCAGUUUGGACCCACCCAGGAGGAGGAAAUAGCCGUGCUUGAGUAUCCAAUGCAGCAAUGCCGCUUGCUUCCGUAUCUGGCAGCUGCCUACGCCUUAGACCACUUCUCCAAGUCGCUCUUCCUGGACCUGGUGGAGCUCCAGCGAGGACAUGCCUCGGGCGACUGCAGCGCCAGACAGGCAGAGCUUGGACGUGAGAUCCACGCUCUGGCAUCAGCCGGCAAGCCCCUGGCCUCGUGGACCGCCCAGCAAGGAAUUCAGGAAUGCCGGGAGGCGUGUGGAGGACACGGCUAUCUAGCCAUGAACCGGUUGGGUGUCCUUAGAGAUGACAACGAUCCCAACUGCACAUACGAAGGUGACAACAACGUCCUGCUGCAGCAGACAAGCAACUAUUUGCUGGGCCUCCGGGCACGCCGGGUCCAGGAUGGAGCUUGCUUCCGCAGUCCGCUGAAGUCAGUGGACUUUCUGAACGCCUAUCCCAGCAUCCUUGACCAGAAGUUUGAGGUCUCCAGUGUUGCCGACUGCUUGGACUCCGCAGUCGCCCUGGCAGCAUACAAGUGGCUGGUUUGCUACCUGCUCCGAGAGACUUAUCAAAAAUUAAACCAAGAGAAAAGAUCAAGAAGCAGUGACUUUGAAGCAAGGAAUAACUGCCAGGUGUCCCACGGCCGUCCCUUGGCGCUGGCCUUCCUGGAGCUCACCGUGGUGCAGAGGUUCCACGAGCACGUGCACCAGCCCUGUGUGCCGCCCUCGCUGCGGGCCGUGCUGGGGCGGCUCAGUGCUCUGUACGCCCUGUGGUCCCUGAGCCGCCACGCGGCCCUGCUCUACCGAGGUGGAUACUUCUCUGGUGAGCAGGCAGGAGAAGUGUUGGAGAGCGCCGUCCUGGCCCUGUGUUCCCAGCUGAAAGACGACGCAGUUGCCCUGGUAGACGUGAUCGCUCCUCCUGACUUUGUUCUGGACUCACCGAUUGGCAGAGCCGAUGGCGAGCUCUACAAAAACCUCUGGGGCGCUGUCCUGCAGGAAAGCAAGGUGUUGGAGCGGGCGUCCUGGUGGCCAGAGUUUUCUGUGAACAAACCUGUCAUAGGAAGUCUGAAAUCAAAGCUGUAGUGGCGCCGGCACACAUUCAGCCAAGUCUAAUGAAACGAAGGGAACUAAUCAGACGUGGACCUCAACUUCUGAUUCCAGAACACGCUGGAGAUUGCUGCUGCCUUCUGAGCCCGCACCUCUGCGCCUAAACUGCUGAUUGACCUCACCGCCCAGGCGGACGGGAGGGAGGCGCCCGGCCGGCUGGGCUACUCUGGGAUUGUGGUGAUUUGCAGCGUGGAAAAGAAAUGCACGUGAUCAUGUCUGCCUGACGCACCGUGGGUUUUUUGAUCAUUAGAAUUUCGCACAUUCAGUUUUCAGGGUUCAGCUCCUGACUCUAAAGUAGUAGACAGCUCAUAGUCAGGGGUUUUCUGGUCAGACAACCUGUGAUUUGUCUAGAUUUUUUCCAGAGCUCCACUUCAUUAAGAAGGCAGUGGUGCCAGUCUGGUUCUUUGUCAGCUCUCCCUCGGCUUUGUCACCUGAUCAAAUUAUGUUAUAACCUUAUUAAUUUGCACAUAGAUCAUCUGAAUGUCAUGGUUUAAGACUUAAAGAGGAACAUCUAUUUGAUUACUUUCUUUUGUGGAGCUGGAAAUGUCUGUCGAGGAAAUGUUUUUUUAAAAAGUAAUGAUUUGAGUGGGCAAUUCAGUCUCCAACCCCCACCCCCCUGCCAGUUAUAUACAAAUCACUUUAUUCGUAA